CUUCGUCAUCUUGCUACAAUGUAGCUAGGUUGGCUCUUCCUACUCGCUUUACGUAGAUAUUAGUUUAAUACAUAGAUAAUUUAGCGAUAUAUUAAUUUAUUAAUAUUUGUACAGUUAAUACGUUUAAUUAGUGUGAACAAAGCAUGCGAAGGGUGACGCUUUUUGUCAACGGAACCUCCAAAAAUGGCAAGGUUGUAGCUGUUUAUGGGACUCUGUCUGAUCUUUUGACAGUUGCCAGCAAUAAAUUGGGAAUCAGGGCUUGUAACCUAUAUAAUGGGAAAGGUGGUCUCAUAGAUGACAUUACCCUCAUCAGAGAUGAUGAUGUGCUGUACGUGUCAGAAGGAGACGCUUUCAUCGACCCUCAGAGUGAUGGGAAAAUGUCAGAUGACAUCUCGGGAUCGCACACCGAUUGGCUGACGCUGAAUAUUGGUGGGCGGCUUUUUACAACCACUAGGAGUACUCUUGUGAGUAAGGAGCCUGACAGCAUGCUGGCACACAUGUUUAGAGAGAAGGAUGUAUGGGGUAAUAAGCAGGAUGAACGAGGGGCUUACCUCAUUGAUCGCAGCCCAGAGUACUUUGAGCCCAUCCUGAAUUACCUGAGGCACGGCCAGAUCAUUGUCAAUGAAGGAAUAAACUUACUCGGAGUACUGGAAGAAGCUCGAUUCUUUGGAAUAGAGCAAAUGGCUGAACAGCUAGAAGUGGCGAUUAAGAAUUCUCAUCCACCUGAAGACCACUCUCCACUCUCACGGAAAGAAUUUGUUCGGUUUCUGCUGGCUACGCCAACCAAAUCAGAGCUACGCUGUCAGGGUCUUAAUUUCAGUGGAGCAGACCUUUCGCGGCUGGAUUUGCGCUAUAUCAAUUUUAAGAUGGCAAAUCUGAGUCGCUGCAAUCUCACCUAUGCAAACCUGUGCUGCUCAAACCUGGAGAGAGCGGACUUAUCUGGAGCCAACCUGGAUGGUGCUAAUCUUCAGGGCGUGAAGAUGCUCUGCUCUAAUGCAGAGGGAGCGUCACUGAAAGGAUGUAACUUUGAGGAUCCCUCUGGGCUAAAGGCCAAUCUAGAGGGGGCUAAUCUGAAAGGAGUUGACAUGGAGGGCAGUCAGAUGACUGGUAUAAACCUGCGUGUGGCGACGCUGAAGAACGCUAAGCUGAAGAACUGUAACCUGCGUGGUGCUACAUUAGCCGGCACAGAUCUUGAAAACUGCGAUCUCUCAGGCUGCGAUCUACAAGAAGCCAACCUGCGUGGUUCAAAUGUGAAAGGAGCCAUCUUUGAGGAGAUGCUGACUCCACUGCACAUGUCCCAAAGUGUGAGAUAACCAAUUACAUCUCUCCCUGCCCGGCAACCUCACCACUCACCAGCCAGCUAUUCACAGCUCUCCCUUACCCUACCCCGACCCCCCCUUUUCGUUUCACGCUCCUGUAAAACCGUAUGCAAUACUAGCACUUGGUUUAGUGCUAGCCUUCUCUUUGAGCUUUACUCUCAUGCACUAGUGCACAUCCAGGGUCUGUAGUCAUGGCCAAAAAUAGCGAAAGCUUAGUGUAGAGAAUCCAAAUAGUGGAAAAUGCCGUUUGUCAAACCAAACUUGUUGCUUUUGGUUUUAUUUAUGCUUUGAGUUGAACUUUUGUUCAAUUUUACCGAAUGUAUACGUUUCAUGUUGUGUUUGUCUCAAAUAAUGAAGUCGACAUUUCAGUCAAUCAAAUAUUUCAACCAAAUAUAUCUGUAGUAUUUUAGAUUUAUCAAUCAAUUGUAGGCGGUUUAUGAUAAGGCUUAUUGUUGCACAGCUUACUACAGGUAAAACAAACUCAUAAAUAGUAGCUUUUUAUAUAUAAAAUAUGGAAAAUACCUAAUAUAACUGACUGGUCUGGUUUCAAAUAUGCAACAUAAGCAUAUAGCUCUUACAUAUUCUGUGUUCACAUUUACAUGUAAACCAAAUUAAUUGUUUGUUUUGAUUUCUGAUUUGUUGUUUGAUCUACCUCCCUUACAACCCGUUCUAGUUUUAAGUCAUUUUUAGUUUUUGAAACCAUGCAGUCAUGCAAAGAUUUCAACCAAAUGCAAACCACGUUUUACUGCAUUUUUGCAACACCUAUUAAUUCUUUAAUAACUGUGUAAUAACACUUAGCCGUAGGUUAAUAUGCACAAUAAUUAACCAGUGGUGCCAAUAUGCUGGUUUAUAAUAUCACUAUAUUGUAUGUGUAAAUGUUUCACUUUUCAGAUUUCUUAUUUUCCCCAUUUUUUAAUCGUUUAAUUGAUGAAGUGGAAUGUUGAAGUGACCAACCCACACCAAAAAUUGUUUGUGAUGUUUCUCGUGUCACUAUCAAAUCCAGUGCUUCCUUAUUUAAUGUUUGUCAUGAUAUUAUGUUUGUUCAUCAAUAUCGUUCCACUUUUUGUUAACAUUUUGACCAUAUAAGGCACUAAAUUAGGACUUGAAUUGUGCAUUCAUAUCCAAAAAUUGUGUGUGUAAGACUGACAAAGUAGCACAUUUAUGAAAUGCAACUUAGGUCUAAGUGCUGCUAAAUUAUUGCAUUAUAAUAUCAGCUGACCUGGAUUAUUUGCUGCAUGGUUAAAAAAAUCAAAAACUAACCAUCUCGGUCAGAGAUUUCUGACAGUGGCUCAGAGUUAUUUGUUAUACAACAUGCUGUUAUUUUUCAUUUACAAAUGUUAUUGUAGGUACUCUUAUCAAUCCUGUUCAAUGAAGGCAAUCAAAAUAGACUUUUGCACUUAAAGUGUGAUUCUCUAUGUAUAUCAGACCCUUGUGGAAAGGGUGCUAGCUAUUUAUUUAUGUAUCAGGCUGUAUUUAUGUAAGUGGUGGAGGGGAUGAUCUACCUAUUCUCUCUUUACCAAACUUUGUUGCACUCUAUUACGGAAGUGUGUUUCCAUAA